UGCGUCUCUAUAUAUAUAUAAAAUGUCUCCACACUUCAAAUUUAUGUACCGUCACCCUCCCAUUGAUUUUCUCCGUAUAAUUGAUGAGAGAGAUCCUUUCAUCCCACACUCUUUUUGGAUCUAGGGCUCCAAUUUUCACCACUAAAGGUUUUUUUUUUUCAAAAAUUAGAGCUUAGGAUGGUCAUAUGGAUCAUUAGUUUUAGCUAAAAUUGCUCGGAAUUUGAAGUUUAAAUGGAUCGUAAAGACGAAGAGUUUGUGAUUGAUCUCGAGAGUGGUACUGAAGACGGGAGCUUUGAGAAGAAAGAUUUCAGAAAGUUAUGUGAUCAGUUUAUGAGUAUAGAUGAUAAUUUUGUCAAACUGAGUAUCGUUGAUCGACCAACGGUCAACAAUGGUUAUUCGGAGGAUGUUUUGAAGGUGGUGGUUGAUUCACAAGUUGCGGGAGAGAAAACCGAAGAUUUUACUGUGAAGAAAGUGGGGAAAGAGAAACGGAAGAAGGCUUCAAGUGCGAAAAAGCCACCAAAACCGCCUCGACCUCCUAGAGGCUUUUCACUGGAUGCUGCUGAUCAGAAGCUUAUCAAAGAGCUUGCUGAACUUGCGAUGAUCAAACGGGCAAGAAUCACACGCAUGAAAGCACUCAAACAGAAGAAAGCUUUGAAGGCUUCAUCGUCGUCUUCAUCAAUUAGUGGCAGCUUAUUCGCUAUGCUCUUUACUGUCAUCUUUAUCCUGAUGAUAUUUAUGCAAGGAACAUCAUAUAAGAGUCCAGCUGCUACAUCCCCUCAGACGGCUCAGACAAACGAAAACGGUUUAGUAUUCAUACAGGAGCAACUCAAUCCAUCUGCAAGUGAUUCGAUUCUGCCCCAUUCUAAAUCUUCAAAUUUAUUUGAAAAGGUCACGGGCUCGGGUUCUGCUGGCCGAAAAUUACUGUAGCGGAAUGAUAGAGGAUAGUUCUAGUACGUAAUUCAAUCGUGCUGUUAGAUUAGUAUUUUUUUUCUUGUAUAUACGCAUGAGAAAUCGGCAAUUUAGCUGGAUUUUAAUGAGCUCAUAUGUUUGUUUUUUUUUUCUUUAAAUAAUAAGUUUAAUGAGCUGUAAUGCUGUAUUGUAGUCAACAAUGAUCAAGAUCUGAUUUAUAUGUAAAUUAGUUGAGUUCAAUUACAAGA